AUGAAACAACGACCUGAAAUAGCAUUAACUGAAAUGCAAUUAUGUAAUGAUGCUGAUGUACCAUUACUAUACAAGCUUUGCUCCGAUACAACUUCCAGCAUUACGGCUACACCAGCUGGAAGUGGUUGCAUUCCGCCACGUGCGGAACAACGUUGCUUUCUGACAUGGCGACGAUCAAAGUAUCAACAAAUUGAGCAAGAUAUGAAAACACCAAAAUUAAUACUUAUUACAAAUUUUGUUGAACAAGAAAUCGAUAAGAAUCAAACGGUAGUAACCAAAUUAAUAGCACGAAUACAUUCAGAAGGAGAACAAGCAGGCAGAGAAAUACCUUUAAUGAAAUUUACGUUUGAAAGAAAAGAAGUAAUUUUGUCCUCUGAAACAUUAACAGCUAAUCGUGCUGCGUCAAAGAAACAUCAAACAUGCCACAGCAACAACACCCAUUCAGAAAAACAACACACAUCACCACCACCAGACUUAAAAUGUUUACGAAAAAGAAGCGUACUGAUUGGUAUUUGGCGGUUUGCCGUUGUUUCAGUGGAUUUUAUUGACAGUAUGGAGAAGGAAAUAAACGCUGCAGUGCCAUCGAGUAGUAAUAGUAGUAGUAUUAGUAAUUUUAGUAAUGAUACGAAUAGUAGAGUAUCGUAUUUAUCGAGUGUAAAAAGCAAUGUAACAGGUUUAUCUGGUAUAUUUCCGUUUUCAUCUCGGAUUACGUCAUCAUCCUUCAGUAGUUUCAAGACUGAUCGGUCCAAGAUUUGCCGAUAUUGUUUAUCAGAUGAUGCUAUUAGUAAUUGGUUGGCACCAUGUAAGUGUAUCGGAACAAUGAAAUGGGUUCAUUUGAGUUGUUUCGAGCAGUGGCUUUCGUUUGCUCCAUAUACUAUGAAAUACAGUUGUGCUAUAUGCAAUUAUGUGUAUCGACGUCAAUGGAAAUUAAAGCCUUACAAACAUUGGCAAUGGCCACAGUUCCGUUUGCGGAUAACCGAUAUAUUCGGAAUAUAUUUCGAUAUAACUCUGACUUACCGCAUAUAUCGUUAUUUUCCACGUUGUUUGGAUAAUAGGUUCUCUAUUGAUGUGUGUUUCAUGGAGGUAGUUAUGAGCUUUGAAAGGAUGAAACAUGAUAAAUGGGAGGCAUGUGAAUCAUUCGGUAAUGGAUUCAGUGAUGGAGAUCAAUUUUCGCGAACAAAUUUGAAGAUUUGCAGAUUUUGUUAUGUGGAAGGAUCGGGUGAAAUUGAUUGGUUAAGACCUUGUAAAUGUUCCGGUUCAAUGUUAUGGGUUCAUAAGCAAUGCUUUAAUUCUUGGCUAGGAAAAGCUUCUGGAAGGAGCAGAAUACAAUGUCAAAUAUGCAG